AUGGAUCGGACUGUAGUUAGUCACAUCAAAUGCGAGUCUUCAAGGGUUAUCCUCACCGUUGUUUUCUUCCAGAUGUACCUAGGCCUGCCUUAUACUUGGCACAUUGGCACCAUUCGUUUGGCUUACUUGUCGAUGCUUUCCGAUCCCGAUUUUCGAGAACUUGUGAUGCUACCCCUUCCAACAUCGGUACUCAGAGAGUUAUCCAGAGCUGGUUAUAGCAAUGUCGGGGAGAUCAGUGGAUUAACCAUAGAGCAAAUCGAGUCAGUUUGCAAGAUACCGAAGCCUAGAGCUGCCUCUAUCGCUACUAUCAUCCAGGAGCAUGCUAGUCUUAGAAAAGACAGCGUCUUCACUACGAAUUUUCCCAACAAGAAUCUGUUCUAUCCUCGUUCUGCUCUCCAAAUGUUGCAUCCUUCACUAUCGAAUCUAGUCAAUCCAAGCGAAUUUCGUGUGGCAAAUGUCUUGACCAUGUCCAAAAGUCUACAAACCUGUCUGACGGUCCAGAUACCCCAGUGGUGUGGCGGACUGGCUGGGGAGGCCAUUUUCCUCGAUACUGAGGGCAGCUUCAUCCCAAAACGCCUACAUCAAAUGGCUGUCGAAUUAGUCAAACAUUGUCAGACUAUGUUAGCCCCUUGUCUCCAACAGUACAUGGAAGGACUUGGCAAGUUUCUGAUAUCUGAAACAUUUCAACUACUCCGAGUCAUUUAUGAUAGCUAUGCAGAUGCGGAAGAAAAGGUCGCUUGCCUUGAGGCCUUGUCAAGAAUACCCACGGAAGAAAGUUUACUAAGCAAGGUCCACUACAUCAGAUGUACCGGUUAUCUUCAGCUGCUUGCGGCUGUUCAACGACUGGGGGAGUUCUGCAAAUACCACCCUAAUAUCAGGCUCAUUAUAGUGGAUAGCAUUGCUCUUCCGUUCCGCUACGAGUUCGAGGACAUUCCGCAGCGUAACCGCUUGUUGGCGGCCGUUGCUCAAUCCCUCCUCUCAACUGCCAGUGCGCAAAACGCCGCUGUGAUCAUGACAAACCAGAUAACAACGAAGUUUGUCACUAGCGAGACCUCUGCCACCACUCGCAGCACCUUAGUGCCCGCGCUGGGGGAGAGUUGGGGACACAUUUGCUCGGUGCGCCUCCUCCUCUCUAAGGCAGAGGGCUCUGACGCGGAGCAGCGCCGCACUGCCCGACUGCUCAAACAUCCUGGUCGGCCACCCGGCACUGCCGCUUAUCAGGUCACGGCUGGUGGAAUUCGAGACUGCUUUUAA